AUGGCAAGUGAAGUCUAUGGGAGAGAGUACCACUUACAUCCAUUCUGGUCAUCUUUGGUGUAUGAGAGUCCUCCCGAUCUUGCAGAAUGGGAAGAUCACGAUGCCAUUGAGCGUGACAUUUUUACAGCCAUGGUACAAGAUGUGUACAAGCAAGGGCCAGCUGCUAUCCGAAAGGCAACUCAAUUAUUACGCCCUCAUAUUCUUCCACAAGUUGAAGGCCUACAAGAGCCUAAGGAGUUAGAGGUUACAAAGGGACAGCCACCUAGGAGGAGCAACACUCGAGAUCCUUCCUGGUUUGAGCAUGAGAGGGCAAGGUCGGCACAGACGAGCAGAACAAAUCAGAGUCCGAGGACAUCGAGGAGCAGAACACCUCAAAACCGGAGGCCCACCGCAGGCAUGCGGAAAAGUCAAGAUAUGCAAGUUCAUAGUGAGAGAAAUGUUUGUCCUUACCUCCGUUGGGUCCCACCUAGCAUGCAUCCUCUUGUUAGAGGUUGGUUUGACCCAGAACCAGAUGGACAUUGUGGUUUUCAGGCCAUGUCACAUGCGAUUCAUGGAGACGAGGGACACUACAUGCAAAUGAGACAAGAUCUUAUCAUAGAAGUACAAAAUCAGUGGGAUAUAUACAAGGAAGCUUACCAAUAUAGAGAUGGAACGUUGGAGCAAGUACUUCACAGGUUGAAUUGCCAGACCGCUGGGAGGUGCGACAGAGAGUAUUGGUUUGAGGAGGUGGAUUUGUUGGCAUACGCAACCAUGUACAACUGGGCAAUUGUCGUAUAUGGAGUGCAGGGGGCGUGA